AAUGAGUAUUUCACCAUUAGAAUAGAUAACAUGUAAUUGCGACACGAAUCAACGCACGAAUCAGACCAAACCAAGCACUUGCCGCGGAGCAUUAGCAGAAGUUCAAAGUCAUCACAACUCGGCAGUACUAGGGGUACAAAUUAGAAUUUACUUUCGCUCGUAUUUUCAUGAAACUCUCGCCUUUCGACGGGUACGCACGUAGCGCGCAAAUGGUGGCGGAAUAUUGUUGUUAGGACACCAGAAACAGAGCCAGACCUCCCGCCCCGCACACUCUACUCUUCCACAGUUCUCGAGUGAGAUCGAGAUCACCGCGAGCGAAAUGAGCGCACCGCUGGCACUGGCGAGCGGCGACGUGGUGGAUCCGCCGCCCACCUCCACUUCCGUCUCCAUUGCCAACCUGCCGCCGCCCGCAGUCGAGCAGGGAUCGGGAUCCAAGCAGGGCAUGGACCUAGAGGAUCCCCGAAACAAAGGAUUCUUUCUCUGGAAAUGGUUGUGUAACUGGACAUCCAGCUCACCGAUCAUGCUGCGCGCCGUGGAGAAGAAGAUACUGUCGUACGUGAAGCUGCCCUACCGGGGCUUCUUCGUGGACAUCGGGCCGGCCGUGGGCGAGGCGGACAAGAUCUGGACGAUCAGCAUGAACACCGAGUCCAAGGAGGUGCCGCUCGUGCUGCUCCACGGCCUGGGAGCGGGCAUCGCCCUGUGGGUGAUGAACCUGGACGCCUUCGCCAAGGGUCGCCCCGUCUACGCCAUGGACAUCCUGGGCUUUGGACGCAGCUCGCGGCCGCUGUUCGCCAAGGAUGCGCUGGUGUGCGAGAAGCAGUUCGUCAAGUCGGUGGAGGAGUGGCGCCGCGAGAUGAACCUCAACGAAAUGAUCCUGCUGGGCCACUCGAUGGGCGGCUUCAUUGCCUCCAGCUACGCUUUGAGCUACCCGGAGCGGGUCAAGCACCUGAUACUGGCCGAUCCCUGGGGCUUCCCCGAGAAGCCCUCGGACUCGACCAACGGCAAGACCAUACCGCUCUGGGUGCGGGCCAUAGCUAGGGUUCUGACCCCGCUCAAUCCGCUGUGGGCUCUGCGCGCCGCCGGACCUUUCGGUCAGUGGGUGGUGCAGAAGACGCGGCCGGACAUCAUGCGCAAGUUCCAGAGCACAAUCGAGGAGGACAUCAACCUGCUGCCGCAGUACAUCCACCAGUGCAAUGCCCAGAGCCCCAGCGGCGAGUCCGCCUUCCACACAAUGAUGCAGUCCUUCGGCUGGGCCAAGCACCCCAUGAUCCACCGCAUCAAGGACGUGCGCAGCGACAUACCCAUCACAUUCAUCUACGGCUCCCGUUCGUGGAUAGACUCCUCGUCGGGCGAGAAGAUCAAGUCGCAGCGCGGCAGCAACAUGGUGGACAUCAAGAUCGUGACGGGAGCCGGCCAUCAUGUGUACGCCGACAAGCCGGACGUCUUCAACCGCUAUGUGAACGAGACCUGUGAUAUGUACAAGCUGCCGGGUGGCAAGCUGAUCACGACGCCCCUGCAGCUAAUCCGCGAGUCCACGGAGUCCGACGAGGAGCGCGAGCCCAGCCUGAGCACGGCGAAGACGGUGGAGGUGGAGGUCCAGCCGGAAACCGUCACCGCCGCAGACACAUCCACGACGACCGCCGACGAACUGGCGGCCAAUGUCAAGCCGAAAUGAGCAGGAGCCAGCCUGUAUCUAUUAGCUAAGUGUCUUUGCAUAGUAUUAAAUGGUCAUCUUAUUUAAUCAGCCGCUAUUUUUACUCUCUAUAGUCAAACUUGGCUACCUGAAAUUAGGCCUUCUAGCUUAUAUUUUUCGAGUUAUACAAAUACUGUUCAAUAAUUAGCCUAAAUAUAUUUGUUACAAAGCAA